AUGCAGUUUAUUUGCAUAGAGAUUCCUGGUAGAAUCAGCACUGUGGACGGUUCUAAGCGCGUUUACGGGCUGUUAGGUGGAGACGCAGCAAUUUUUGACGUAAUAACAAAUCUCAAAAUUAACAAAUACGAUAAAUGUGUAACUGGAGAUAAUAAUGAAAUAAAAUUGCCUGUUCCACUAAUCCUUCCACUCUCACAGAAUGAUAAUUCUGUAAUUUUGACGGCAUCCUUUCGUUCUAGUGUAUCAUUGGUGGUGGAGGAGAGAAGGAGGAAGUCUGGUAAGGUAAAUUAUGAGGUUUUGGGGCCAAUUUGUGAUAAUUUUACCUUUGAUAAACUGGCUGAUUUUGCGUUUCUUAACCCAGUGCCUGUUGUACACGGAAAAUUAGCAACACCUAAAAUAAUCGACCCAAACUAUUCAGACAUAUUAUUUAUCACAGCCGACAAAUACGUAAAACCUCCUUUAUUUGUCAAACCUCCACAUACAAUUAACAAUAUUCUUAGUUACAGGAGCACAAAUAAAUCAAAUAAGGAAAGACUGGAUGAUGCAGCGAAUGAUGAUUUUAUUUGUGACAAGGGGAUGAAUCCAGUGGCAAAGUAUUCACUGCAAAAUGUACCAAAUUCACCACUUUCUGCGGCCAUGAAGUUGGAUCCAGACACCGAGCUUUUACAAAUUGUUUUAGCUCUUUUUGACCGUCGGCCUAUUUGGAUACGCCAGGCAAUACAGGAAUUUAUACCCGUCAAAUAUUCCAACUGGAAAAAAAAGAUGGCCUUUUCGCGCGCUUGCUACUUAUUCUCAGACGGCCCUUGGAGGGGGGCUCUAGUUAAAUUGGGUUACGAUCCUAGGACCAAUAGUGAUAGUUCUAUAUACCAAACCAUUGAUUUUCGUGAUCCCUACUAUCGCACAAUAAAGUACAAGACGGAAUUGAACCGCUCCAAAAAGGAAAUUACAGAGAGACACCCUAACGACGAAACGAUGAAACGCAUCUACGGAAAGUUUGCAUGCGAUGUGAUCGUACCAAAUCUGGAACUCCACUUUUUACUUCCACCUAACAGGCCCUCCCAAUUGUAUCAGUUGUGCGAUAUUAGCGACGCCAAGGUACAGCUCCUUAUGACGACCAAGUCAAACUAUUCAUCCAAGUGCUCGCGGGCCAGCGGCUGGUUCCAUCCUAGCGUUCUUGUGCAGGUCCGACAGAUUAUGAACGUAAAAAGCAAGCUCAUGAGGCAGACUGAUAACAGAUGA